CGGCCGGCUGCGCCGGCGCCGGCGGAUGUGGACGGGAUCGGGUCGUUGCUGGAUACGGAGGCCGUGGUGCCGUCUCCCAGUGCUCAGACACGGAUGGUGGGAGGAGAGAGAGGGGUGUCUGGUAAGAGAUGAACGCUCUUGAGAAGUUCUUAACAACUGCUCAAGCUGGAUUGACUCUACUUCAGCGUUGAUAUCUGCCGGUGGCUGAUGCUGUUUUAAGUUGGGAGCGGCUUGCCAACUGUUCCUGAAGAACAAGCAGCCAUGUCUCAGGUGGUGGGUUUUCGAGUGGGCGCUGAAUUCUCGAGCUACAGCGAGCUGCACCGGGAGUAUCGGCGCUACCAGAGGGAAUACGCAGUGCAGCUGUGGACCAGGCACUCACGGACCAUCGAGGCCCAGAGGCGUAGGGCACCCAAGCGCCCAAUGAACGAUGCGCUGAAGUUUGCUGAGAUCGACUAUGCUUGCAUUCAUGGAGGCAAGUUGUUCAAGACCAAAGGUUCUGGGAAGCGGGCAAACCAGAGAACCAAUAAGAUGAAGUGCCCCUGCGUUAUUAAAGUCCGCCUCUCUCCAGAUGGAGACAAGUUUGUCGUGAAGGAGAUGAAUGAAUCACAUAACCACACAGUGCAGCAAGUAAAAGCAGCACACAGAUACCAGCCAGGUGGAACUGCCACAGCUUCAGAUUAUCGGGCAGAACAGGAGAAGCUUACACACCAAAGGCGCUUUGUCAAGGUGCUGCAUGGCAAUCCCACUUCUGUGGUCUCGCUGCAGAGUAAUGGAGCAGGUGCUAAGGAUCAGCUCAGGGAGGUCACAAGCAAAGUGCUCAUCCGGCAGGAUGGUCACAGCCUUCCAUGCAAGGACAAGUGGGGCAGCUUCAAGGUCCAGAAGACUGACUUGGAGAAGAUGGUUCCCACAUUGGCUGCUGUCAAGGAUGGCACUGUGGUGGUGGUUGUCAGUAAGGCCAAUGUGCUGCAGGCCAUCUACUACCAGGACAGCAGCAUGAAACAGACCUUCGAGAAGUUCCCUGAGGUGCUGUUGAUAGACACGACUUACAGCUGGGAGGGCCUUCAGCUCCCCACGUAUCUGCUGCUGGCAAUUGAUGGCAAUGGGGAGAGCGAGCUAGUGUGUCUGUGGUUCCUGCAGAAUGAGGAGCGUGAGACGGUCCGCCAGUUGCUACGCAUUUUCAAGCAGAAGAACCCGGCCAGCGAGAGGACUGGAGUGGUGGUGACCAGUGGCAAGGUGUGCAGUGGAGAGAUGGUGUCCGAUGUCCUGCCCCACUCCAAGCCGCUGACCUGCCUGGUCCACACCCUGCGUGCCUUCCAGGGCGAUGUAACCGCUGAGAAGCUGGAAGUGACCAGCGGAGAACAGAGCCAGCUGCUGCAGAUCCUGCACAGUAUGUGCUACGCGACGUCAGCCGAGGAGUACGACCUUCUGCACCAUCAGCUGCAGGACACCACGACGCAGCGAGCAGCUGAUUACUUCAACCAGACCUGGCAUGUGUCUCGGCAUCAGUGGGUGGAAGGCCUCAAGCAUCAGAAUGAGAGCUACCUGACCAGCACCAUCAACCGGGUGCAGGCCCUGAGCCAGAGGCUGAGAGCCGCAAUCAGCGACUUCUCCAAUGCGCCAUCUUUUGCCCACGACCUCCUGAAGGCUGUCGACUCGCUGCGUGCAGAGGGCAACCUCCGGGCAGUGCGUAUGUUCCAGAAGGUUCCUCCGGCCAGCCUGGAGGCCGGAUCCGCUACCUUGGCAUACUGUGAGCUGCUCACCGACUUUGCCUUCACCCGGGUGCAGAGGGAACUGGAGGAGGCGGAAGGGGUCGCUUUCCUCAGUGUGGAGGCGGAAUCAGCCAGUCCCAUUUCCCGGCGGCGGGCCCUCAUUACAGACUGCAACAGCUGCCAGUGCACCUUCCGCACCGCCAUGCACCUCCCCUGCCGACACAUCCUGGCCUUUCGGCGGCUGCGGGGCGCCGAGCUCUUCGAGUCCUCUCUCUGCUCCGACCGCUGGACACGGGAGCAUUACCUGCGCCACCGCCAGGUGUCGUUGAACAGCGGGCCCUCGCCAGUCUCCUCCCCCGAGUCCCCAGCAAGGCCUGAGGCGCAGCAGGAGCGGUACCGCCAGGCCUUCAAGGUAGCUCGCAAACUCUCCUCGCUCGCCGCCCGGUGUCCGGUCGAAGAGUUUGGCAGGUGCUUGGCGGUCAUGACAGCUGUCACCAACAUCUGGGCCCGAGGGGGCCAGGUACAAGUCACCGAAAUUAAUGUGACUGGUGUAAGAGAGCGAGACUCAUUAGCUGCAGCUAAUCAAGCAAGUUGAGGAUAAGUGUAAGGACUGUCUUUAGAACGGAUCAUCGGACAGUGAAAGAAACUGAAGGUCACAGUGAUUCCUGAAGAGUUGAUGACCCCAGGAAUCAGGAUCUCAAAUUCCCUUCUCUUCACACCAAUGUACACCUCUGUGUGUACGCGAGCACACAUGUAUACAGAGAUGUACUGGAUGGGCACUCGCAUAUCAUUCACAGUGAGCUAUUCUUUGGCCUUUGAUUGAGCCUGAAAUUUAAUCUGUAGACUGUGGUGAUUGAUGAGUUUUGACAUUUUGUAUUGGAAAAUAUGUUGUGUGUUAUCUGGAUCCUGGAGCCGGUUCUGCCGUUUGAUGGAUUAUGACAUCCAUCCAGCAGGAAUUUUGAAAAGCGAACGGGCUGAUUUGUUUUUCUUUCGCCCAAGCCUGCAACAGAAUACUGAGCACAGUUCCAUUUUCCUGAGAUUACUGACUGAGAUUCCCUGCAAGUUGCCAAUGGAGCAUUAACUUAGCUGGUCAGUCUUGUAUUUUCGGGCAUCUGCUGGGCCCCAGAGAGCCAGAACUUUUCAAGAAACACAUGGAAAUAUGCAAUGGCUAUGGAAAGGUUCUAUGAAGGGAAGAAGCUGUGACAUUUAACCUGUGUUUUAAACUUUUGAUAAAUUUUUGCCUAUUCUUUUUUGAUUAGGAUCAACAUUUUCUAUUGUAAAAAAUAACGGUAUCCAUUUGGCUGAGUUGGAGGUGGAUCCAUUUCUCGGUUACAUGGGUCAAUGUUUAACCUUACCCUUCUCCAGAACUUGAGCCCGUAUUUGUAACCAUCACUUGGUUAAAAAUGAAAGAAGGCAUACUAUGAAUAAUAAGGGCAUACUUUGACCAUAAUUUCCUCCCUCCAUCCACAUUGAUCCUGGAUCCAUCUUGAAAGAUGUCUCUUGGCCAAUUGCCCUGACAUUUCUUUUCUCAACUUGUUAAAGUGUUAGGAGUCUCCCCAACCAGACUGAAUCCCUUAUCUCAAUUUGUGAAAUGUUUGAGCUUAUGAUUGUCUAUUAGAUCAACACCACUGUGCAGGGAUUUGGGUCAGCCUGAGAUUCGUUCAGAGUUUAUAUCGAGAGCUAAAUGUAAUAUAGCUCUCUUCAAUCCCCUUCAGGUUAACCCAAAGUUCUUUAAAAGACACCAUUGCUACCACAGUAUGAACAGCUAUGCAAUAAUGACCAGGUAAUCUGCAUAAUAAUGUUGACUGGCGACGAAGUCUCUGGGAACCUUCCUUUCCUCCUGUUUCAAUUAGGACCAUGGAUGUUCUUUUAUCUGUCAUUGUCAUUCUGCUUCAUGUCCCAUUGCAAGUACUUCCCCAGUACUGGGUGAGAUGCCUGCUUAGAUCUCCGUGUUCUGGUAAUGCUGGUGAUUCAGAAACAGUGAUGCUACUGAUACAGAGCUAAUUUCUGGAGACACAAUGAACUACAGAUACUGGAAUCCAGAGCAACACACAGAAAGUUGGAGGAAAUAGGUCAGGCAGCAUCUGUGUAGGGAAGUGGAGAGUCAGCAUCGAUUGUCCAUAGGUACUUCCUGACACACUGAAUUCCUUCAGAUUUUUAUGUGUGCUCAAUAAUUUCUUCUCGACCUGUGAGGUGAUUUGCAGUAUAACUCCUGUCAGAUUGUGACAAUUUCAACCGUAUGCUCUGAUUUAAGCAGGACUGAUUGGGGAAUUACUUAAAUACAUGGGAGGAUUAGUAAGAGGACAAAUCUGGUUAACUACACCUUUUGAGUUAGAGCGUGGUUCAUUUCAAGUGGAGGGAAAGCCUAGGCUAGGUCAUGGGGAGUGGGCUGUAGGCAGUGCCUGAGGACCUUCAACCGAGUAAAACUCUACUUCAAGAGUGCACCAGGUUCUGUCUUUGUUCCACUAUUGGCUUAUCUUACUAUGCUUUACGAUGCUGAAAACUAAGUGUCUUGUCAUGACACAAAUCCAAAUGACCCAAGCCCAUUCCAGAAGGUUACAAAGCUGGAUGACCGAGAGCUAGCCAGGAUUGCUGAUGGUCUUGCCGACACGGAUCAGUGUUUUGAUGAGCUUGGGUUGUUUCAUGUGAUUCAUCUUCUGUGAUACUUAGCUCCCUCAUCCAGUUCACCCUGAUGCUGAGUGAGGAAAGUCAGUGGAUGUUCAGUUGCUUGGUGCUGCCACUCUCAGGCAGGGCAUGGGAAAUUUCACUUAUAUACUGUUAGUUUACACACUGCCGGAGCAGCGUAAAGUGAUUUGACAGUGUCUGGACUAUCGACAAACUGCUAUCAACCGCAUGACUAGUUAGGCUGGCUAUGGUCAGAGACAUUAAAUAGCGUAUUUUGCCCAAGGCACCAGGAGGAAUUUUAGCCCUGCACUGUCCACUUUCUUCAGUGUCUCCCAGCAGGGUCUGGAAGUAACGCACUUUCCAGACUGUGAUGGGACAUUCCCUCUCUAUCUCUAUCUUAGUGUUAGUAUCCCAUUGGGAUAACAUCCAGAAUUUAGUUUAUUUUGCACAGCCUGAGUUGCAUAUGAGUUGCUGGAAUUGAAAGAAGCCACUGCACCAACCCAGCCAAACAUAUCGUGCACAUUUUCACUUCCCUGUCACAUGCUUCUCAGUCACUUCAUUAUCUCUAUGUCUCAUAUCUGCUAUAUUUGCAACUAUUACCUGCCCCUGAGUGUCCUCUACUCCUAGCUCCACUGGUUCUUCAACCUAACCACCCACCUCUUUCCCCACCCUACUCUCCAUUGCAAAGCAAUUGAAUCUCCAGUGCAAUAGCACAGUAGCUGAUUUGUGCACCGAAUGGUUCCCAUAAAUGAUAACAAUUUUAAAAUUAAUAUCUAUUGCAAAAUCUGCAACUUUAUUCUGAUGAUAUUUAAACACUUAUCCCAUUGAAUCUCCUUGUUCAAAGCCCUGAUGUAAUUGUGAUUGUUCAUAUUUUUUAUCAUUAGUAAUGAAACUAAUAAACCCAGGUGCAAUUCUGUACAACA